AUUACGUAUUUCCUGUCAGCGGCGUGUACUUUCCGGAAACACACUCGUCGGGAGCGUUGUCCGAGAUUUUUUUUAAAAAAUGGUUCGUAAAUUGAAAUACCAUGAACAAAAGUUACUAAAGAAGGUGGACUUUAUUAACUGGGAGGUGGACAACAACAUCCAUGAGGUAAAAGUGUUGCGGAAAUAUCACAUCGAGAAGAGGGAGGACUACACCAAGUACAACAAGUUGAGUCGUAACAUAAGAGACCUGGCGCAGAAAAUUCGAGAUCUAGACGAGAAAGAUGGCUUCAGAGCUCAGAGCACACACCAGCUGCUAGAAAAACUUUACGCCAUCGGACUCAUCCCCACCAAACAGACUCUGUCCCUCACAGAGAAAGUCACCGCCUCUUCGUUCUGCAGGAGGAGGCUGCCCACCAUCAUGCUGAAGCUUCGUAUGGCUCAGAACCUAAAAACCGCCAUCACCUUCAUCGAGCAGGGGCAUGUACGUGUGGGCCCUGAGAUUGUCACAGACCCCGCGUUUCUUGUCACAAAAAAUAUGGAGGAUUUUGUUACUUGGGUGGACUCCUCCAAGAUCAAACAACAUGUCAUGAAUUAUAACGACGAGAGAGACGACUUUGACAUGUUGGCGUGAAUCUUUUUGCCACGUUCCUCAAUGGCAAGUUUUGAACUCGACCUCAGACAGUAGCUGCUACAGCUGAAAUUAUUUGUUACCCACAAACUUGGAAAAUAUAGAAGCAAGAAAAGUCUUCUCACCACAUCCAAUAAACAUUUUAGGAAGGAC